UCGUUGUAUUGAAUUUGUUGCAAGGAUAUGGACAGCAAUGACAAUUAGUGUUAAGAAACACAUUUUUGCAACGAAUUUUAGAGCUGUAAAAUGCCAAUUCUGUACUUGUAAUUAUUGUUGUUGUUGCUUUUAUUAUAGCAAUUUUGCUUUCUGAGCAGAGUCAUGGUUCACUGGCUAAACACUGGCAAAAAAAUGUCAAAGACAGAUUGGGGCCCGUUAGUUGACGUUGUUGGUUAUUGUUUCUUAAAUCUUGGGUCAAAGUAUCAACCUCAAGAAGAGUUUAUUCAGUGGAUUAAGAAAGGACCACAACCUAUAUAUAUUGGUUUUGGAAGCAUGCCUCUUGAUGAUCCGAAGAAAACAACGGGUAUUAUAUUGGAAGCAUUGAAAGAUACUGGGCAAAGGGGAAUUGUUGGUCGAGGUUGGGGAGAUCUAGGGAACCCAACUGAAGUUCCCGAGUAUGCUUUCCUUUUGGAGGACUGCCCUCAUGAUUGGUUGUUUCCUCAUUGUUCAGCUGUGGUUCAUCAUGGUGGCGCUGGAACGACAGCUGCUGGACUAAAAGCUGGGUGUCCAACAACAAUUGUGCCAUUUUUUGGGGAUCAGUUCUUCUGGGGCGAUAGGAUACAUCAGAAAGGUCUGGGACCUGCACCUAUUUCAAUAUCUCAGCUCAGCGUUGAGAACCUUUCAAAUGCCAUAAAAUUUAUGCUUCAACCAGAGGUUAAGUCUCGAGCUAUGGAAAUAGCAAAGUUGAUAGAGAAUGAAGAUGGUGUUGCAGCUGCAGUUGAUGCAUUUCAUAGGCAUUUACCACCAGAGAUACCAAUCCCGGUGGCAUCUUCUGAUGAAGAUGACCAUAUAAACCCCUUGCAGUGGUUUUUUCUUCAAAUUGGAAAGCGAUGCUGCCUUCCUUGUGGUGGUGUGUAAAGUUUUCGUUCAUAAAAACUCUCUUUUUUUAAGUAUCCUUUUAUUCGAGAUCUUUAUAUCAACCAAUUCUUUCAUUUCAUUGAUCUUUGUCUCUUUGAGUUUACAAAUAUGCAUGCUAGCUAGAAAUAGAGAUCUCUUCCACAGAAUGUAUUACAUGAGGACAUGUUUUGUUUUUUGUGUGUUUAGUAAAGCAAUAAAUAUUGAGCAGAAAACGCUAAUGAGCUAA